UGAAAAAAUGUUUAUUGAGUUUUGGAAUAAACAAAUAAAGGAAAAACAUUCAAAUUAUUUGGUUGGGGGUGUACGGCGAAAUCGGCCAAAACAAAACGACGGACUGAUACAUCAAAUCUCCACCGUUGAUAUUGACAAAUCUUAUCAAUCACCGUACGAUCUAAUUAGGUCUCACGUGCGUCCCACCGUAUGGUAGUUCAGCUCAAACAGUCGGGAAAAAAAAGCAAUUGGACCACUUCACCCUUUUUCCCCUUUACGCAUCCUCCUCCUCUCUCUCUGCUUCUCCUUUCUCUCUCUAGAAACUUCCCCCAUUAAUGCAUGAAAAAUCGUCUACUUUUCACUAUUAUUCCGUUUUUAAUUACUCAAUUCAGAUCUUCUUCGGGAAAGAUUGUCGCGUUCAGCUCAUAUUUUUCUAGGGUUUCGUAUUUUCUGUUGCCGUAAAAUAUAAUUUCAAAAAUCAUUACUUUGUCGGGAAGUUUCUUCGCGCUGGAUCUUUCAUCUCCGUCUAAUCGAAUGGGUCGCAGGAAAAAACACAUGCCGAGGAUUUCGUAAAAAAAAUUGGGAUCUUUUUCUCAAUUGAUUGUGAUUAGGUCAAGUAGGUGAAGAGAAUUAUUAUAUUCAUCGCAGAAAUUUAUUCCUACGGUACUUUUUAGGUGAAGAUUUAGUUUGAUUUAUUGUUUCUGUAUGAUGAUCUCUCAAGUUUGGGGAAGGUGAUAGUUUCAGUCUCGAAUAUGGAGUGUGCGGGGAAGAAGAGGAAAGGGGUUGAUGUAUCGGAAGAGUGUUGUAAAGAUUCCGAAGAGCAAACUCAAUUGGAAAUCCUGUGGUCACAUUUCUCACUCGAGGAUUUUUCGAGAAGGAAAAAGAAGUGCAAGGAAGUAGUAGGUUCUAAAGCCGUCGAUUUUAGUAGAAAUCUCGUUAACGGUGCUGUCACAGCCCCGGCGUGUGGGGCUGCUAGCUCGGAAUUGCCGGGCAGGGGUCUCAAGAGAAAAAUCGGCUGCAUAGACGCUGCAACUCGAUUGGGUAGAAAGAAGAAGAUUGACCAAGACUACGAAUUGGCCAACACUAUAGGGAAAGGGAAGUUUGGGUCGGUGGUUUUGUGUCGGAGCAAGGCCACCGGAGAGGAAUAUGCUUGCAAGAUUCUGCAAAAGGGGGAGGAGAUUGUGCACAGGGAAGUCGAGAUAAUGCAGCAUCUUUCGGGGCAUCCAGGUGUCGUGACCUUGAAGGCGGUUUACGAGGAUAGUGAAUCUUUUCAUCUCGUGAUGGAGCUUUGUUCGAACGGGCGCUUGCUUGAUCAGAUGGCUAGGGAAGGAGUUUAUUCGGAAAGGAAGGCUGCGAAUAUUAUUAAGGAGUUGAUGCUGGCUGUUCGUUACUGCCAUGAGAUGGGUGUGGUUCAUCGGGAUAUUAAGCCGGAGAAUAUUCUCCUUACUUCAUCCGGACAAAUGAAGCUUGCGGACUUUGGAUUAGCUGUGAGAAUUUUGGAUGGUCAGAGCUUGACUGGUAUAGUUGGGAGUCCAGCAUAUGUAGCUCCAGAAGUUUUGGUGGGAAAUUACUCACAGAAAGUCGAUAUCUGGAGUGCAGGUGUUCUCCUUCACGCACUUCUCGUCGGUUUUCUUCCAUUCAAAGGCGAUUCUUUGGAAACUGUAUUCGAUGCCAUCAAGAAAGAAAAGCUCGAUUUCACCGGUGGCAUUUGGGACUCUGUUUCACAAUCUGCUCGUGAUCUUCUCUCCAAAAUGCUGACUCGAACUACUUCAACAAGAUUCACAGCUACCGAGGUUUUAAAGCAUCCAUGGAUUUCUUUCUACACAGAAGCGACAUUAAAGACACAUUCUCUUGGAUCAAAGAAGAAGAAUUUAGGAUUUGGUUGUUGCAGUGAAGUAGUUGACAGAGACGACGAAGAAGAAGAAGAUGGGGGUUUGGUAGAUGUAUUAGCUGUGGCGAUUUCGCGUGUUAGAAUAUCUGAACCGAAAAGGAGCAGAAUAUGCAGUCCUUCGAGGACCGUACAGUCGGAUUGCUCGUCUAACUUGACCACUAGUAAUCUCUGUACAGCUUUUUGAAAUAACUUUCUUGAAGCUUGCAUGCAAUAACUAAGCCUUUUAAUAUAUAUAUAGGAUAGAUAGGAUUAAUAAUAACGUUAACUUCUUUUUAUAGUUUUAUGAUGAAAUAAUCUGAUAAUGCAGUAGUGAUAAACUGAUAAUAUGGUUUAAGAAUUCAUGGAACUCUUUGACCAGGUGUACAUUCUUUCCCUAUGAAUAACAAUUUUGCACAGUAAUUACGUUUA